CUUCCAAGGCGCUACCGUCUGGAGCGGGGUUGUGAAAUACAUAUACCCACUCAUUUCGAAACUAAGCAGUUUUUAUAUUGGCUCCCAUUAAAUCUAGAAGUCAGUGUUGAUAUGAUAGUUCACCUUGAACGUCAUGAAAUUCGGAAAAUAAAUGUGAAAUAUUCACAAAUUGUUACGGAAGCGAUCCAGUUUUUGGCAGAGUCAUUUUGAAAUAGGAGCUCAAGAGAGGCCUACAGGCCUACACUGGGUUUCCCAUACUGUUCGAGUAGGCCCCACCAAUAAGUCAUGAUGUCCCCAUGUAGACCAGGAGAAGAGUAUUGUGUUUUUGCAAGGGAGUGUUACAACAAAAACACUCAAGUGUGUUGCGGAGAUAUGAUCAGAAACAAGAAUGAGAGCCUGGGAUGCUGCCUCAUUAGAGGAAAAGAAAGGGCAAAGUUCUAUAAGACACAAUCACACAUGUGUUGUGGGAAGGAAAUUCUGGAGAGAUCACCUGGUCAGGUGUGUUGCGGUGGGCAAUUGAGAAGUGCCUCCAGUGGGAUUUGCUGCAGAGACAACUGGAAUGGACACACAGCAGGUGAGAACGUACGGUGUUGCGGUAAUAAAUGGUUCAACAUUGCAACUCAGGAAUGUUGCGAAUCAGGGGACCACUCUCAAGUGCAUGCCCGUGGACAAGACACAGCUUGCUGUGACCUGGAUGUCUACAACACAAAGACACAGCGUUGCGACCCCUCGGGAAAGGUGUGGCCCAUGUUCCAGUAUCAGUGUGGAGAACAGAUGUAUAACUCCACUCAGCAGAUCUGUUGUGAUGAUCAUCUUCACAACAAACCCAGUGAAAGUCAUAAAUGCUGCGGAUCCAGACUACAUGAUGAAAACAAGGAAACUUGCUGUAGAGACAGAAAACAUGCGAAAACUUGGCUAACAAAGAGUGGUGGAGAAUGUUGUGGCACAUUCUACAUAGACCCUGAGACCCAGACGUGCUGUGACAAGAAGGUGAUGACAAAGGAUAGAUUGAAUGGGCUAACAGAGUGUUGUGGGCAGGAACUGUACAACCCUCAGACAAGCCUCUGCUGUAAUGGACAGAUCCACUUGGUCAGAGACACCAGCAGAUACACCUGUUGCGAAGGCAAAGUCAUGGAAAAGAACACACUGCAGUGCAUAGAUGGUCAUAUUCACCCCUUGAGUGAAAAGAAGUGUAAACAUGAGGAAAGUGACUGUGUAUGUGAUGGACUGAAGAUCAACAGCAUCCAGGCUCUUUGUUGUCAUGCUGUUGUCGUCAAGAAGGACAAACCCUAUCACGAUGGCUGCUGCAGACACGGUGACAUGGUUGAUACAUAUAGUCUAACCGGAAAGGAUUUUAGCCCAUGCCACACUGGGGCACCUGGCAAACUCUGCAAUGACAUAUACAACCCAAAAGUGGAAAUAUGCUGCAAUGGAAAGAGACUUUCAAAGAAGUAUUUUGGAUGUUGUGCAGAAAAAGUCUUCGUCAAAACGUCAACAACGAUGUGUGAAAAUGGCAAUGUGGUAUACAAGCGCAAUAAGGAAAAUGAUGUCAUCAAGGAAACGUCACAUCCCAUUUCAUGUGAAACUGUCUGCACAAAGAAGCUACCAAGAAACUUCAAAAAUCAAGCAGUUGUAUUGGCGAAAUUAAAACGUUUUAAACGCAAAGGGCCACAACCCUACAUUGGGGGCAAGAAUGUUCAGAAUCUGAAGAAUGGAGGAGGAGUUGGCAAAAUCUUAAGAGUGCGUGUGGAUCUCAGCCCGCAAUGUGCACGUCAGUGUCGUCUCUACAAAGGGGAUGAGUUCCUGGUAAUUAGCAGUUCAUCUGGUAAGAGGAGGUCUGGUAAAGUCCGGUACACACUCCAGGAGGGGGAUUCUUUGGUUAAGCUAACACCUUCUAAUAGGAGAACACUGAGAAAAAAGGCAAGAUGGUGGUGCAGGAAACAGUGCAGGAAACAAGGCAGAACAAAGCGUACAUGUAGGAAGUGUAAUAACAACAUCUCCUUAUGAUGAAUGGCUGUAGAUUAGUUGUUAUUUAUUUAGUGUGAAAAUGGAAGUAAGAUGUGGGAAUGUUUCCCAUUAUACAUAAUAGACUGUGUCUCCAAGACUGCAGCUCUGGACUAAUUUUGUAGUUUGCAGACCCAAUCACAAUGAAAAGUUAACUAAUAAAGAUUAAGAAAUAUCAUAAAACUGGACAAAACUAUUCACCUUUUUUAAAAAGCUGAGAUUUCUAAUGCACAUUCUUGAACCUACAUGUCACUUGUACCAAAUACAGUAUUCAUGUGCAUCUAAUACAUGCUCGCCCCGAUAUGGCUGAAAUAUUGCCAAUGUGGAAUUAUGUCAUAAUCAUUCAAAUACAUGCCAGUAAUCAGCCAUGGCCAGUCAUCAUCUAUAAGACACCAGAAAGAGAUGAGCAUUUAGAAUUUCUCUCUAUAAGUCUGCUUUUGGCUAUAUGCACACACAGACUAAAAUACCCAUAGUCUCUUAUGGUGGUUCAAAUCUCAGCAUAACAACAUACUCUUUGCAGGCUUUCGUAGUGUUUUAUCAAAAAAUAUAAUUAUAUUUUUAGAGACUGUUAAAAAAAAUCUUGCUAUAUAUGUUAUUUUUAUGUUCAUUUACAUUAUCUUUUUGAUUGUGUGUUGCAUUUGUUACAUGUACUUGUUAAUACGUCACUUGUUGUUUGUUGUUAUUUGUUGUUUGACCAGGGCUUGUAAUAUUCCAUUUGUACAUUUAUCUAUAUGAUACAUACAAGUACCUUAUUGCUCAAGAAGGUUUGCAUGUGUACAUAUAUGUAUAUCUAGUAGGCUUACAAUUUGUCAUUUGCUUGUAAUAUGUGGCAAUUAUACUUCACAGGUAUUGUAAUGUACUAUAAUACCUGCAUGUACUUAUAUGUGUAUGUAACAAUCCUAUGGUAAAAACUAAAGGGUUCAUGAAACUGUUAUAUGAUGAUUAUAAAUGCUGCAGUGUUUAAACUUUUUAAUAAUACAGAAAUGAAAAAAAAGUUUAAAAGUUUCAUUUUUCAUUUAUGAGGCAUAUAUAAAACUAAAACCUUAACCUACAACCACAGAUAGAGUUUAAAAAGAAAGAAAAUAUUAAGUUUCAAGAGUCUUUUUAUGAAGGAGGCCUCCGUGGCUCAGUUGGUUAGCGCGCUAGCGCAGCGUAAUGACCUAGGAGUCUCUCACCAAUGCGGUCGCUGUGAGCUCAAGUCCAGCUCAUGCUGGCUUCCCCUCCGGCCGUAAGUGGGAAGGUCUGCCAGCAACCUGCGGAUGGUUGUGGUUUCCCCCGGGCUGUGCCCGGUUUCCACCCACCAUAAUGCUGGCCCCCGUCGUAUAAGUGAAAUAUUCUUGAGUACGGCGUAAAACACCAAUCAAUCAAUCAAUCAAUCUUUUAAUGAAAGCAAAUCGUAAGUGAAUGUAUGUGAAAUUCAGUAUGAUGCUUGCCAAAAGAUAUUUAAAAAAUGCUGCAGGUACAAGUGAGGAAAUAAAUAAUGAAAAGAAUAUGGCUGGUUAAGGUGUGAAAAACUUUAAAAACAAGAUGUCAGUAUUCCAUAAUCAGAUCAAACAUUAUUAAAACAGCCACAUUCCUUUAAAUAUACAAUGUUGAUCUAGUCAGAUUUUAAACAAGACCUGCUUGUGUUGGGCAACUAGUUAUAAGAAAGGACGAAGUACAUCAGAAUAUAAGUGGCUAUGACAAGAUAUAUAUGUGAGAGAGUUCCACAAUAUAGAAAAUUGCCUUCUCAGAAUUCUAAUUCUUUUCACUUUAAGAUGCAUAAAUUAUGAAAGAUUGUCAUGAUAAUCUCUUUAAAUUUUGACUAUACUUUCAACAUCUGCAUAUAAGCUCAAUACGAUUAUUGUGAAAGGAAAUGGCCAAAUAUUGUUGUAAAAAACAAUUUGACUUCCCAAACGGGUGUUCAUGUUUCAAAGUAAUGUCUCAGUUUUAAUGAAUUAGAUUAAGGAUUCCUUAAUCAGGUAUGUACGUUUAAUACAUGUCUGAUUUAAAAAGAGUAUUCUACAAACAAGUAACAGGUGUACAUGUAGUUUUUCAGGUACUUUGCCAAUUUGUUAUUUAUUAAAACAGUUGUAAGAUGUGCACAAUUUAAAAUGUAUAUAUUUUUUGUACAAUUUCAUUAAAUAAAUCUUCUACAUGUG